UUUCAUGUUUGGUACUGGUGUCCCAAUGAGGCGAAAUGUGCUUUGUUUACUUAAUCCUUACGAAUAUUUCUUUAGCCAAGUCGGCUGCCAUAAGCAUAUUAAUAAAUUUAUUUUUUGAAGAAAAAGCAUAUUAAUAAGUUUUCUCCACUCUGUUGUGGACUAGAACCCUCCAAAGUCCAAACUAUUUGUUUCUUUUUCCUGAGCCAACAGAAAACCAGCAAAUUUUCCUGGGAAAACUGCUUUAACCCCAAAUUAAGGUUCGUUCCUAUAUUGGGUUUGUUUUUCUCUUCCAACCUCACCUAACAGGGAAUCAAAGUUCCAGACUUUCCAAGUUUUCAUAAUCAUGAUUUAGUACAAUCCUUUUUGUGCCUGUAAGAAAGUUUUUGGUUUUCUUUAAUGGGAACUUGGAUUUCAAAAUCUGGGAACAAAAGCAAAAGGUACACAAUUUUCUUGAACAUUUCAUUUCUCUUAGUAGCUUGUGUGUUCUUGAUUAUAUGUUUUAGCUCUUCAAGACUUCUUGUUGUUUUAACCAGCAGCAAUAGUCAACAAGAUUGUAAGACCUUAGAGAAUUUAGAUGAUUACAAAGCCAAAUGUUCUUCCCUUAAACUCAACAAUCCAUGUGUCUCUCAAGGCUAUAUUGAUUAUCUUUACUUUUUUUAUUGCAAUUUUGGAACAUGUCCCCUUUUAGGUCAUUGUCUUUUGAUCCUUUGGCUCCUUGUGUUGUUCUAUCUUUUGGGAAACACAGCUUCUGAGUACUUCUGUUAUUCCCUUGAAAGCUUGUCAAGCUUGUUGAAAUUGUCUCCUACACUUGCUGGUGUUACACUCUUGUCAUUAGGCAAUGGUGCCCCUGAUGUGUUUUCUAGCAUAGUUUCUUUCACGGAUAGUGGAACUCAAGAUAUUGGCUUAAACACAGUUCUGGGUGGUGCUUUUUUUGUAACAUGUGUUGUGGUUGGAACCAUAAGUACUUUGGUUCACCAUAAACAUGUCCAAGUUAACAAACCAGCUUUUGUAAGAGAUGUUUGUUACCUUCUCACGGUUAUUGCAACCUUGAUUUUGAUGUUGGCUUAUGGGAAAAUCAGUCUUUGGGGAGCAAUUGCAUUUGCUUCUAUGUAUAUGGUUUAUGUUACCCUUGUUUAUGUCAUGUAUGUUGUUUGGAACUCUGGUGAUAUGGACAAAACGGAUUCCGAUUCGAGUUUGAAUGUACCAAUUUUGAACAGAAUCGAGAAAGUAGAGCUCGGUUAUGUCGAGGAAGGGAAUGUGAAAGAUGAUCAUGAGAAAGGAGUUUGUUUAAGAACAUCAAGUUCUUGUAAAUUGUUACUUUGGAUCCUUGAGAUGCCUCUUUAUUUACCUAGGAGAUUGACAAUACCAAUUGCUUGCCAAGAAAGAUGGUCUAAGCCAAUUGCAGUUGUUUCAGUCACAUUGGCACCAAUUCUCUUAUCUAUACUUUGGGAUCUUCAAGAUGACAAUGUUAAUCUCAGUCUCACCUUCAAUUCAGGCUUGGUUUAUGGAACGGGGGUCUUUGCCGGAACUGUCUUUGGGGUCCUUGCAUAUUUGAAAACCGAAAAAUCAAGCCCGCCGAAGAACUGUUUGCUCCCGUGGUUAGCUGGAGGGUUCUUCAUGAGUGUGGUUUGGAGUUACAUCAUAGCUCAAGAACUAGUCAGCUUACUGAUUUCGCUCGGCUACAUAAUCGGAAUCAAUCAAGCCAUCCUCGGUCUCACUGUCCUGGCUUGGGGAAACUCACUUGGUGAUCUAAUAACCAACUUGACGAUGGCAUUGAAUGGUGGUCCAAUAGGUGCACAAGUAGCCAUAUCAGGCUGUUAUGCUGGUCCCAUCUUCAACACCCUGUUUGGUUUAGGCAUGUCCCUCAUUGGCUCUGCCUGGUAUGGAUACCCUUCACCUGUUGAAAUCCCUAAAGACACUCAUCUCCUUGAAACACUGGGUUUCCUAAUUGCUGCCUUAAUAUGGGCACUUUUGGUUCUACCAUUGAGACACAUGAAGCUUGAUGGUGUCCUUGGAGGUGGUCUGUUUCUCAUCUACUUCACUUCCAUGUCUUUAAGGUUCAUCCAAGUAGUUCGGGACCCCUUACCUAAUACUGUUUCUAUCACUUGAAAUUUGAAAAAUUAUAUACAUAUAUAUGUAACUAUUAGAUGCAUAGAUAGCAUGCCUUACUGUAUAGUAGUAACCAAUUAAUUUACUGAUUUAUCUUUUAAUUGACUGGUAUUUUCUUAUGUUA